AUGAGGGAAAGAGAUCACUUUCUUACUAAAGCAAGAUCGAGUAAGUCUGAAUUGGACUGGAGUAAAUAUCGAAAUUUACGAAAUACGGUUACGCGAGAAAUACGAAAAGCAAAAGGCCGGUACUAUAGAAACCUAUUGGAGGAAAAUCUUGACAAACCAAGUAAAUUCUGGAAAGCCGUUAAAAAGCUUGUUCCAAACGAAAAGUCAUCUACCAAAGCUAGCACCAUCCGAAUUAAGUAUGAUGAUAAACUAACCGAAGACAAUUACACAACAGCUAACGCUUUCUGUAAUUUCUUUUGUAACCUGGCCAAACGAAUGAACAACGAAUUAAACGAUUGUUCCUGUACUCUAAAUAAUAUUAUUCACCAUGCCAGAUCUGUGAAUGUAUUUAAUUUUACUCCGGUGCUUCCCUCGUCUAUAUUAUGCCAUCUUAAAUCGAUUAAGGUAUGCAAAUCCAGUGGAAUUGACGCUAUCCCAGCAAAAUUACUACGAGACGCUGCAUCAGAAAUAUCUGUUUCCCUAACUGGUCUUAUUAAUCUAUCAUUAUUUCUUGGGAACAUCCCUGACGAAUGGAAAGUGGCGAAGGUGAUACCUAUUUACAAGUCCGGAACGCAUGAUAAUCCGGAGAAUUAUCGACCUAUUUCCAUCCUUCCAGUCCUUUCAAAGAUGUUGGAAAGAGAAGCGCAUACUCAGCUCUAUAGACAUAUUGAUAUUAAUAACCUACUUUCGCCAUUUCAAUGCGGCUUUCGCAAGAACUAUUCUUGUGAAACAACUGUUACUUAUUUUACCGAUAAAAUUAGAAAAAACGCAGAUAGUGGACUUUUAACUGGUGCAAUUUUUAUUGACAUUAAGAAGGCAUUCGACACGGUAAACCACGAGAAUUUACUGAGGAAAUUAUACAGAUUUGGUCUGGAAGAUAAAGAACUUGAUUGGUUUGAGAAUUACUUGACUACUCAGCGUGUCUCUAUCGAAGGUAUCUUGUCUAACUUUGGUGAAAUUACAGCUGGUGUACCACGACGAAGCUACAUGCCCAAUAAGGUUUACACUUACCUGCCUGUGCACCGAUGUAGGACCAGCAUCAUCUUCAGAGCUACUCUUCAGUGGACCUGA